AUGGCCGCCACUCCUGCUCCCAACCCUCGCGCGUCUCUUCUUGCCGGUCUCCGUACCGGAGGCGUUCGCUCUGCCUCGGGUUCUAUGCCUAAUGUGCCGCAUACGGCAGCGCCUGCCGGCACCUUCAACAUACCCCGUAUCAUCACUCCGAACCAGGAGGACAACUUCUACCCACCAGAGGAAGAAGAUGAACUCUCUGACAUGAUGUCCCAGAACCUGUACAUCCAGAACAACCGCCUUCGUCAAGCGCCCGUUACUGCUGCUGUCGAUGGCAUCCCGAAUCGCUUCCAGCAGCAACAGCAGCAUGUCAUGAACAUGAAUGGCAUGGGCUAUAACUAUGCCAUGAACCAGAAUCAGCUCCAGCAGGUUCAGCUUCAGUUGAUGCAGAUGGAGUUGGCCCGUAUGCAGGCCCAGCAGUACCAGGCUGAGCUCCUCGCGGCACAGGCCGCGCAGCAGCGUCAGCGUCAGGCUCAACAGGGUAACCGCCGCGCAGCAUCCAAUGUCAUACCCUCCACUGCUGGCCCGAUGAACACCACGUUUGAUAUGCGCUCCGUGACCAUGAACGCGCAGAUGCGUCGGGCCAACCAGGCGGAUCAGCUCCGUUCCAAACUGGGCGUUUCCGACGAUCAGGUCCCCAUGACCGCCGCCCUCAACGGCAGGUUUGGCAGCCGCAUCGGUUCUGGCAAGUACGACGAGGAAGACGACUUUUCCUCUGUAGGCGCUCGUCCCCCUGCAACUCCUAGCUAUACUACGGUCAUCAGCGGAGGGACCUCUCUCGGUGCGCCGGCCACGCCCACCGUGCAGUCGAAGUCGGAUGCCGCCGUCUCAUGGCGUCGUGCUCCUGGCAACAACUCGGUCUUGAGCGCCAACCGCACUGUUUCGUCUCCUACUGUCAAGGUCACUCCUCCCCCUGGCGAGCGUGUCUCCCCUCCACCUGGGCUUACGAUCGGCAAGGCGCGGCCGACCCCCUUACGCUUUACACCCGAGACGUCGAAUUCUGGUGUCGCCGCUGUCGCCAUUGAUACUGAUGGCCCUGAGGCUGAUGACAGCUCUACAUCGUCGAAGUCCAACUCGUCCCCGAGCACCCCUCAGUCAGCCUCCUCUGUAGAUGUUCCUCCUCUGUCUCCCCGCGAGGAGGCUUCUAAGAAGCUCUACGAGGGUCUCGGGCUUGGACGGCCCGUGCCCGGCAUCAAUGUCGUUGUUCCCCAGGACUCGCAGAUGGUCGUUCAGCGUCUGAUCAGCACCCCUGUGCGCCAGCCCCGUGGUCCUCCUUCCAACAACGAGGAGCUUGUCCCGAAGAACUUCGCCACUCGUAGCAGGCGCAAGGCCGUCGACUCCCUCCUGGAGCAUGCCCGCGAGCGCCAGGUGGUUGUC